AAAUACUAUUUAAAAUAGUAACAAACGACAUACGUUUAUUUUCAAUGUUGAACUUAAUACUAAAUGUAAUAUUAAUACUUUCAAUGUAUAGAAAAAAAGUUACUCAAAUUAAAUUAUUUAACAGCUUAUAUGCUUAAAAUUUCUAAAUUGUUAAGAGUAGCACAGUUUAUUAUGGGUAAAGGUAGCAGAGAAGGAUUGUUUUAUGCAGUUCGCCGAGGAAGAGUCCCUGGGGUUUAUUUCACCUGGCCAGACUGUGAAGCACAAGUGAAAAAAUUUCCUAAUGCUUCAUUCAAGAAAUUCGGAACAGAGGAAGAGGCUUGGAGUUUUGUCCAGAAUGAAGCCUCGGGAGGUUCAAAAAUCAGCAAAGCUUUAGAACUUGUUUCAAGUUUUAAAAUUCCUUUGAAUCUGAAUGGGAGCAACGCUGUCACCACACCCGCCAACAAGAAACGAAAUAGUGAUGUUAUUGAUCUCACAUUCGAUGGUGUUGAAAACUGCAGUAUUGGCUCUGUUGAAAUGGUACAACCUCCAACAAAACGUCGCAGAGUUUUGCCACCAGGGGUAAGCCUUGAAAGUUUGAAGUUAAAUCCAGAUGAACUGGUACAUGUUUAUACAGAUGGAGCAUGUAGUUCAAAUGGUCGGCGUGGAGCAAGAGCAGGAAUAGGGGUUUUUUGGGGUGCUGACCAUCCACUAAAUGUAAGUGAAAGACUCCCAGGAAGGCAGACUAACAACAGAGCUGAAAUACAUGCUGCUGUUCGGGCACUGGACCAAGCUCAGUCACUUGGGCUGAAAAACCUUGUUCUUUAUACAGAUAGUGCAUUCCUUAUUAAAGGUAUUACCAUGUGGAUCAAAAAGUGGAAACGUAACGGUUGGAAAUUAACGACUGGAGAAAGUGUUAAGAACCAGGAAGACUUUGAAGCUUUGGAUGAAGUUUUGAAGGGGCUUAAUGUCAAAUGGAUACAUGUCAGAGGUCAUCGUGGUAUCCAUGGUAAUGAAGCAGCUGACAGACUGGCUGUAGCAGGAAUGGAUAAAUAAAUAAGGCCUAAGAGAUAACAUCUAAAAUUUUAAGAUCAACAGUGCUUUGGGAGUCCUUGUCACCAACAUUUAAUAGAAUGGUAUCAGUCAACAGUGCUUUGGGAGUCACUUGUCACCAACAUUUAAUAGAAUGGUAUCAGUCAACAGUGCUUUGGGAGUCGCUUGUCACCAACAUUUAAUAGAAUGGUAUCAGUCAACAGUGCUUUAGAAGUCGCUUGUCACCAACAUUUAAUUGAAUGGUAUCAGUCAACAGUGCUUUGGGAGUCGCUUGUCACCAACAUUUAAUGAAUGGUAUCAGUCAACAGUGCUUUGGGAGUCGCUUGUCACCAACAUUUAAUAGAAUGGUAUCCAUCUUCUGAGCUACCAGUAUCUUUUUAAUUCCUAGGUAUUUCAGAUUAAAGAAAAUUGGAUCCAAUUGUUAAGAAAAUUAUCAUACAUAACACAAAUUAUCAGAAAAUGGGAUUCCAGGAAAUUAUUCCUACCCUGCUUCAUCAACCAUGAUAACUUUACUGUCAUUGUUGCCAAAAUGAAAUGUUCCUGAACAGGUAUGGGUUAGUUCUUGUUGUUACUGUUUGAGAUUUACUUUGAGGAAGAUUCUAAGAAUGAUUCGUCUUUAGACUGAUAUCAAGAAUAAUCAAAGAGAAAAACUAAGUUACUAGGUUUCUUAAUUUUUUUUGCUCAUCACGAUCGUAUUUUUUGUGAGAAUGGUAAUCACAAGUGUUUGUAUCAUGUGACACAAUAUAUGUUUUAAAAUAAAAAGAUAGUGUAUUCAACAGUUUGAUAUGUUUGUUACAAAUUAACUGAUGUCUUAUUGUAUUAAAGAUGUAAAACAAUUCUGGCAUAAAACUGGAGUAAAAUGUAUGAAGUCUUUUAAACCUUUUACCACAAAUUGUGGAUCCUAGUUUUAGUGACUUCUUAAACAUGAUCUUUAAAUGUAUCCAUUGUUAAAUAUAUUAUUACAAAAAAUUUAAAUUCAUGUUGAAAGUCGUAAUGGAAAUAAAAAUAUUAGAUAAAAUU